AUGGCCCUUGCGGGAGACCUUAGAAUCGGAGAGUUUAAAGCUGAAGCUGGCAUGUCCAUCAGUCAUUACCCUGACCAGCAACUCUUGACGGCAGGUAUCUCCAAGGUCGAUCUCAUGGAGAUCAUCCGCGUUGCUGGAAAGGUGGCCGAUGUUCAAGUCUUGGAGAAUAUGAGUGGCGGCGAGGAUAUAUUUGUCUUCACUGACGCUUUCGUCUAUAUCUCCACUGGAGCUACCAUUGCUGGGAAGGAGUAUCCACGAGGCAUUUCGGCCGGCGGAAGUCUGACAGCGUUUGGUAAGACCGCAACGUUUGACCUUAGCAUCGGCGCGGCCGGUCUAGAUCUCCAGGCCUUCAUCGACAACUUUAGUCUCGGGCCUUUGGUUGUCACGUCUGCGACCGGUGACCCACGGGCGGGCAUGAUCGUCCAGAUGACGAAAGACGAACAGGUGAUCAAAGUUGACGGAAAGGUGACGUGCUUUGGUAUUGGAUUCGCCGUGCUUGUCGACAUUCAGAUGGGCACGGAGACCCCAUCUUUCAAAGCCUACCUCGCAGUGCAGUUCACAGAAGCGUUCAAGAUAAGUGUUUCUGCGACGGUGGAUAAUUUCCGCGAUAUCAAGGAUCUGGCAAGCAAGGGCCUGCUCUUCCAAGGCAAGGUCGAGGGAGAUUUGUUCGAGGCAAUUUGCGAGAGUAUAAAACACAUGCUCAAAAGUCUUGAGGAGCUGGGCACUCAGGGUAUUGAGUCUGUUCAGAAUCUCAUCAAGGCAAACAUUGCCAAGAAGAAAGCUCAAAUGGAGCAGCUUGCGGAGAAAGUCAAAGAGGCCGAGGAGAAGGUUGCAGCACGACGCAGAGAUCGUCAAGCAGCCAUGGAAAAAGAAGAGGAGAAGCGGAAAGGGGCAGAAAAUGAGAUCAACCGCCUGCGAGAUAACUUGGCCAAAGAGACAAGAAAACGGGACCAUGUUCGGAGGGAGUUGGAAGAAAAGGUCAUGGAGGCCAAAUUGAAUAAGGAGUCUCUCAUUCAACGCAAAAGAAAGGAGUACGACGACAAGCUGAAGGCGGCUAAGCGGGAGGAGAGAGAGAAUCGCGAGAGACUGAAUGCCCUGCAACAGCGACAGCAAACCAAAUACGGUACUGAUUUCCUCAAAAAGGUCAACAUUGCCAAGGGAGCCUGGGCGGAGAAACAAGCAGCCCUGAAGGCUUCAUGGAAGGGUGUUCAAUGGGUUUACCGGCAGAAAUGUGAGGCCACUUUCUGGACAAUAGGGUACUGGGCUGCAAGACUCGAAGCCGCAAAAGCCGCACACGAGGUCGUCAAGGCAGCGACUGACGUUUAUCACGAGUCUGCAAAGGGAUUGGAAGCCACUGCCAAUUCUGAUGCAUUUCAAGUCCUCGUCACGGGGAUCGAGGAAGCGCAAAAAGGUGUGGAGAGAGCAGUGAAUGGUCUCGACUCUCUCCUAUCAGGAGGUGGAUUCGACGGCUUUGUCAGGUCUUUUGUGGACACAGAGGAGGCGCGUAUUCAGAAAGCAAUAAACAACCUACGCGCAAUGCAGAAUGAAAACAGCGAGUUGCAAAAGGCCGUCCGAAAGGCCCAGGAAAUUCUUGACCGGAACGGGCCGAGGCUAGAAAGAGAGAUUGCGGAGGCCGACGAAGAGAUCGAGCGCAUCCAGGAAGACUCAAAGCUGGCAGAGCUCCAACGGGACUACGAGUAUCAGCUCAAGGUCCAUGAUGAGGUCCACAAUGUCAUCGAGGGGAUGAACGCCGGUUUGGAGACACUCAAGGAAAAUUGGGAGACGGGGAUGCAACAGCUGCAGAAGGUGGUGGAUGACAUCCAAAAGGCCAUUGCAUCCGUCAUUCACAUUGAGAGGAUCGAGGUGUCGGCUCACACACAUGCUCUGGUUAACGACAAACCUUUGGAAUUUGUGUUUUACGGGACACUGGCCGGUAAGCGAUUUGAAAUUGAAGCCAAGUGGUCGCCGGGCCAAUCGCUCAAGGGGCUGUAUAAGGCAGUGACCAAUGAGAUCCUCAAGAUCGCUUGA